UCCCGCAGGGAGUCCCCGGGCGGCCGCGCUCCCGCGUCGCCCGCUGCGGCUGGGGGACCCGGACUUGUGGGGCCGCAAGGCCGAGCCGGGGCGCCCCCCAGCGGCCGGCACGGGCCCCAUGGCUGAGCUGAGAGGAGCGGAACCGGCGAGGUGAAGCCCCCGGGCCGGCAGCAGCCGGAGCGCGUGGCGCGGGCGCCGACUCCAUGGGCAGCGGCGCACAGCGGCACGAUGAUGGACGUUAACAGCAGCGGCCGCCCAGACCUCUACGGGCACCUCCGCACCUUUCUCCUGCCAGAGCUGGGGCGCAGGCUGCCGGACCUCAGCCCCGACGGCGCCGGCCCGGUCGCGGGUUCCUGGGCGCCGCACCUGCUGCACGGGGUCCCCGAGGUGACGGCCAACCCUGUGCCCACCUGGGACGCACCCCCAGACAAUGUCUCCGGCUGCGGGGAGCAGAUCAACUACGGCAGAGCCGAGAAAGUUGUGAUCGGCUCCAUCCUGACGCUGAUCACGCUGCUGACGAUCGCCGGCAACUGCUUGGUGGUGAUCUCGGUGUGCUUCGUCAAGAAGCUCCGCCAGCCCUCCAACUACCUGAUCGUGUCCCUGGCGCUGGCCGACCUCUCGGUGGCCGUGGCGGUCAUGCCCUUCGUCAGCGUCACCGACCUUAUCGGGGGCAAGUGGAUCUUUGGCCACUUCUUUUGCAACGUCUUUAUCGCUAUGGACGUCAUGUGCUGUACGGCCUCGAUCAUGACCCUGUGCGUGAUCAGCAUCGACAGGUACCUGGGGAUCACAAGGCCGCUGACGUACCCGGUGAGACAGAACGGGAAAUGCAUGGCCAAGAUGAUCCUCUCCGUUUGGCUCCUCUCUGCCUCUAUCACUUUACCGCCACUCUUCGGCUGGGCGCAGAACAUCAACGAUGGCAAGGUGUGCUUGAUCAGCCAGGAUUUUGGCUACACAAUUUACUCCACCGCUGUGGCAUUUUACAUCCCCAUGUCUGUCAUGCUUUUCAUGUACUACCAGAUUUACAAGGCAGCCAGAAAGAGCGCUGCCAAGCACAAGUUCCCCGGCUUCCCUCCUCGUCUGGAGGAGCCAGACAGCGUCAUCGCCCUGAACGGCAUGGUAAAGCUCCAGAAGGAGGUGGAGGAAUGUGCAAACCUUUCGAGACUCCUCAAGCACGAACGGAAAAACAUCUCCAUCUUUAAGCGGGAACAGAAGGCAGCUACCACCUUGGGGAUCAUUGUCGGAGCCUUCACUGUGUGCUGGCUGCCAUUUUUCCUCCUCUCGACAGCCAGACCCUUCAUCUGUGGCACUGCCUGCAGCUGCAUCCCGCUGUGGGUGGAGAGGACAUUUCUGUGGCUGGGCUAUGCAAACUCUCUCAUUAACCCCUUUAUCUAUGCCUUCUUCAACCGGGACCUGAGGACCACCUACCGCAGCCUGCUCCAGUGCCAGUACCGGAAUAUCAACCGGAAGCUCUCGGCUGCAGGCAUGCACGAGGCCCUGAAGCUUGCUGAGAGGCCCGAGAGGCCUGAGCUUGUGCUGUAAGACAGAAUUCUGAGUACUGUAGAAAAAAAAGUCAUGAAUCAUGAACAAAAGUGAAAUAAAAGAGAUGAAAUAAACAAGGGCAAGACAGAGGUGGAAACAGAACAAAGUCAUUUGCCGAGACGUCGGAACGGAAUGCUGCUUCCGGCCUUUUUUGGGAUGGCUAACAUAUGACCAGCAAAGUUUUUCAGCUGUACAAAGUAUAUUACAAGGGAGACGGUGACCUCUCCUUUUCUUCUAUGGAUCAGUGCUGCUGUGUGCACAUGAAAAUAGUUCUCCGUUUCCGAUGGUCCAAUGAGCUCAGCAGUAAGCACACGCACAGAACUGAGUUCCAGAAAGGAAACAGUUUCUGGUGCUUUGCUUCUGUCCAAGUCCAAGUUCUGUGCAAGUGGAAGAAAUUUCCCAUGCGACUUCCCAUGCUUCCGAGUCUGGGCCUUGGGGUGAAUAUUCAGGAAUCAUUCAUGAGACAGAUGUGUUUUGUCAUAGGACAGAAGGGUGUUUUCCCAAGCAAACUGCGGUAAGCCUAGUGCUGAACACAUUGCAUGUCCACGUUAGAAAGCAGAACCCCAUCAUCAGCAAAUACAAGUGAUCUCCCAGAGCCGUGUCUGUUUAAAGCUUCUGUCAGUUUGGCUUUUCCGCAGGGUCCCUGUGACUCCCCCACCAAUGUACUUUCCUUGUUAACUCGCUUCUUGUUACGGUGUAUCUCAGGAACAGAUCUCAGGAUGGAGAGAAUCAUAAAACCUGAAUAAAGCUUUUUCCUGCACUCACUCUUCUUCUGGGGGGCUGGAGGGGUCCGCGAGAGGUGAGGGAGUUUUCCCAGAAUGGAGAGUGAGGGCUACCUCACCGCAUUAUGUAUUAACAUGAUUGUUGGCACUAAACUUUUGAUUGUCAUUGACACCUGGGUGCAUGGGCUGGUCCCUAACUGUGAAUUUUGUUGGGGGGGAGGUGUGGGAAUAAUGGGGUUUCCAUGAAGGGCUGUGAUGCUUCUGAGGAUGGAAUAGCCACCUGUUAAUUCUUGCUGAGCAGUGUUGUAUUGAAUGGAAUUGUGUGAAUUGGAGGUCACCUGGGCCAAUGUUGGGAACAUUCCAGAGGAUUCUGUUCCUCCCAGAGGAUUUGUUCUUGUGUUCUCUGUGUCUUAAAUCAAAUGUGUGCCUGGCCAGUUCUGUUCUCCCCUAUCCCUCUCAGAAGUGGUAGGCAUUAAAGGCAGGUAAGGAACUGGAAAAGGUCCCUUUGUAGAUAGUGUUUUUUUUAAUGGUUCUAUGUAAGAUGUAUGAGCUAAGGAGACAGAAAGACAUAGAUCAGAGGAGAGAACCUCUAAGGGGGGGAAAAAUGAAUGCAAACCUUCAUUUGAUAAAAGAGAACUGAAAGAGAAUAUUAUUUUCCUACAAUAUAUGCAGCUGUUCUCUCAUAGGAUCAUGUGAAAUUUCAACAUGGAUGAUGGAUUUCUUCCAACUUUCACUGACAUUGCUUCUUACCAUACACAGAGAAAGAUCUGCCUUUCUGAAAAAAAGGGGGUGGGGGUAGGGUGGACGCCAUCCUUCCAGACAAAGCUUGUACAAAUUCCUGAACCGCAGAUUUGCUCACAUGACUGUAUAUACUUACAUUCAUAAUUUAAAUGAUGCAUUCUGGUCAGAUACAUGUUGUUAAAUUUGAAAAUGUUUUAUUACAUUACAUCGAAUAAAGUUUAUUUGUAGCUGUAAUAAAGAAACUUCAGUAAUGACUUCUAAAUGAAAGUCUGAUGUUAUAAAUGUCACUCUAUGUAGAAGAGCA